CCUUGGAGAGCAAGUUUCCAACCCAGGAAAGAGUACAACAACUUUCCAAGUCUUCAAGUAUAUAAUCGCAUGUUGCAGCGCACUUCUACUCUGCAGACUGCAACGCGCUUUUUACUCAAACCUCUGUAAUCACACUCUACUACCAUACAGCUUGGAAUUCCUUCUUUCUCUCGUUUCUCUUCGAUCACUCUCUGCAUGAACCACUGAGUUUUCAAGUUCUCAACUUUGGAGAGCGAAAAGGAGAAGCCAUGGAAUCUGUUACUGUCUUAGGAGGUGGAUCCCAGCAUCCAUCUGUUGAUCCUCUCUCAUUUGCAAGAAGUUAUCAGCUUGAAGCGCUGGAGAUAUCAAUCAAGCAGAACACUAUAGUGUUCUUGGAGACUGGCUCCGGCAAGACUCUUAUUGCCAUCAUGCUUCUACGCAGCUAUGCCUAUCUUCUCCGCAAGCCUUCACCUUUCAUUGCUGUCUUCUUAGUUCCCCAAGUUGUAUUGGUCUCUCAACAAGGUGAGGCCGUGAAAAUGCACACUGACCUGAAUGUGGGCAUGUAUUGUGGAGAAAUGGGAGUUGACUUUUGGGGGGCUGCUAUAUGGAAGAAACACAUAGAAAAACAUGAGGUGCUUGUAAUGACACCUGCAAUUUUGCUUACUGGCUUGAGACAUAGCUUUUUCAAAUUAAGCAUGAUUAAGGUUUUAAUAAUUGAUGAAUGUCACCAUGCUAAGGGUAAGCACCCUUAUGCUUGUAUUAUGACGGAGUUCUAUCACCGUCAGCUAAGGUCUGAAAUAUCCAAACUUCCUAGAAUAUUUGGAAUGACUGCUUCUCCCAUAAAAACAAAAAGUACUGGAGUGUCAGAAUUCUCUUUUUGGGAAAAGAUUAAGGAACUUGAGACCCUGAUGAAUUCAAAGGUUUAUACCUGUGCUAGUGAAUCUGUGCUUGCUCAGUUUAUACCGUUUUCAACUCCGAAGUUUAAGGUUUAUAGGCACAAGGAAAUCCCUUGUAGCUUAUAUGCACAUUUAACUAUUGAAUUGCAGAGUUUGAAAGAAAAGCACGAACUCUCUCUGAAGAAGUCUGAUCUUGUAGAAUCUACUACAGAUUCUAUGAGCAAAAAUAUAUCAAAGGUUUUUUCAGCUUUGAUAUUCUGUUUGGAUGAGCUUGGUGUUUGGCUGGCUCUAAAGGCUGCACAGUCCUUUUCAUGCUUUGAUUCUGACUUGUGCACUGAAGCUGACUCAAUUCCAUGGGGUAAACUGGAUGUGUUUGGUGAGACAAUUGUUAAACAUUUCAGUUUGGACGCUUUCCAUGCAUUUUCAACUUACAUUCCAUCAGGUCCAGACUGGUCUAUCGGUAAUGAUGUUAAAGCUAAUAUGGACGCAGGGCUUCUAACUUCAAAAGUUGUCUGUCUCAUUGAAUCGCUUCAUGAAUACAGAUAUCUAAAAGAUAUCAGAUGUAUAGUCUUUGUGGAAAGGAUCGUUACAGCCAUUGUAUUACAUUCUCUUUUGGAGGAGUUGCUUCCAAAAUACUGCAGCUGGAAGUCUAAAUACAUUGCAGGGAACAACUCUCGGUUGCAAUCACAGACAAGGAAAAAACAAAAUGAAAUUGUGCAAGAAUUUCGUAAAGGCAUGGUGAACGUCAUUGUUGCAACAUCAAUUCUUGAAGAGGGUUUAGAUGUUCAAAGCUGCAACUUGGUUAUUAGAUUUGACCCUUCGGCCACUGUUUGUAGUUUCAUACAGUCCAGGGGCCGUGCUAGAAUGAAACAUUCAGAUUACAUUUUAAUGGUUAAGAGCGAGGAUUGUGCUACUCAAUCUCGACUGGAGAAAUAUCUUGCUAGUGGAGAUAUCAUGAGAAAUGCAUCACUACGCCAUGCUUCGCUUCCUUGCUCACCUCUUCAAACUGAUUUAAAUGAUGAGAAAUUUUAUUGUGUUGAAAGCACUGGAGCGACUGUGACUCUUUCUUCUAGUGUCAGUUUGAUAUUCUUCUAUUGUUCACGGCUCCCUUCUGAUUGCUAUUUUAAACCAGCUCCCAGGUGGGAUCAGAAGACUUGCACUUUAUAUCUUCCCAAGAGUUGUCCUUUACAAAACGUUGUUUUACAAGGAAACAUCAAUGCUAAAAUUCUGAAGCAAACUGCCUGCCUUGAAGCAUGCAAGCAACUUCACGAGAUUGGUGCUUUGACUGAUAAUCUUGUUCCAGAUAUUGUUGUUGAAGAAGCUGAUGCUCAAGAAAGUGGGAAUGAACCUUAUAUUGAUGAGCAACCCUGUUACUUCUCACCUGAACUGGUCGGUCGCUGGCCAAAGGAUUCUGAUAUAAUGAAGUAUCAUUGCUACUUGAUUGAGUUGAAGCAGAGCUUUGUGUAUGACAUUCCAGUUCGUGAUAUUGUCCUUGUCAUGAAAAAUGAGCUAGGAUCUGAGGUUGGAAGCAUGCAUUUUGACUUGGACACUGACAGGGGUAGUUUGACAGUGAACUUUAAAUAUGUAGGAGUUAUCAAUCUUAGACCAGAUCAAGUCCUUUUGUGUAGAAGGUUUCAGAUAACUCUUUUAAGAGUUCUUAUAGAUCACAAUUUGAACAAGUUAAAAGAAUGUUUGGAUGGAGAGUUUUUGGGAGAUGAGACUGAUUAUCUUUUGCUCCCAGCCACUGGCAAACAUCAGAGACCUCUGAUCAUUGAUUGGCUAUGUGUUACUUCUGUGCUCUUUUCAUGUGAAAAUUUUUGUGAAUAUCACUUAAAUUGUUAUUUGCCCAAGGGUUGUGCUCGUAGUGUGCAAACCAAAGAUGGUCCUGUAUGCAUUUGCCUGCUUAAGAAUUCUUUGGUCUGCACCCCACACAAUGGUAAAUUGUAUUGCAUAACUGGGAUUUUGGGAUUGAAUGCAAACUCAUGUCUGACGCUUCAGGAUGGCAGAAUCAUGACCUACAAAAAGUACUUUGAAGAAUGGCAUGGCAUCAAGCUGCGUUUUGAUCAUGAAUCAUUGGUUAAUGGGAUACACAUUUUUAAGGUGCAAAAUUACCUUCAAAGAUGCAGAGAGCAGAAAGAGAAAGGAUCGAGUAAGUGGUCGGUUGAAUUGCCUCCGGAACUUUGUUCUAUAGUUAUGUCGCCGAUACCUGUCUCUAUAUUUUAUUCGUUCUCAUUUGUUCCUUCAAUCUUGCACCGGCUUGAGUCUUUGCUUAUAGCUGUCAACUUAAAAAGGAUGCUUUUGGAUCAUUGCAUGCAAAAUGAUGUCAUUCCAGUCUCCAAGGUGCUGGAAGCAAUUACUACAAAGAAUUGCCAAGAGAUAUUCCACUUGGAGUCCUUAGAAACACUUGGAGAUUCUUUUCUCAAAUAUGCUGUCAGUCAACAGCUUUUCAAGACCUAUAAAAAUCAGCACGAGGGUGUCCUCAGUGUCAAGAAAGAAAAAUUAAUUUCGAAUGCAGCUCUUUGCAAGUUUGGAUGUGACCGCAAACUUCCAGGGUUUAUUCGUAACAAGUCCUUCGAUCCAAAAAAGUGGAUCAUUCCUGGUGAUAGAUCUGCGAGUUAUGCAUUAAGUGAGGAGUUGCUUUUUAAUACAAGAAAAAUCUAUAUUAAGGAAACUAGGAAGGUGAAGAGUAAACAUGUCGCUGAUGUUGUUGAGGCACUAAUUGGUGCAUUAGUUAGCACAGGUGGUGAAACGGCAGCCAUAUUUUUUAUGGAUUGGUUGGGUAUAAAGAUGGAUUUUCACAUUACACCAUACGAGAGGCACUUCCAAGUUCACGCUGAGAAGCUUCUAAAUGUUAGACAGUUGGAGAACCUAGUGAACUACUCAUUUCAUGAUCACUCUUUGUUAGUGGAAGCAUUGACCCAUGGUUCUUACAUGCUUCCUGAGAUUCCAAGAUGUUAUCAGCGACUUGAAUUUCUUGGGGACUCCGUGUUGGAUUAUAUCAUAACCAAGCAUUUCUACUAUAAAUAUCCUGGGCUGUCGCCAGCACUACUAACUGAUAUGAGAUCUGCUUCUGUGAAUAAUGAUUGUUAUGCACGAUCUGCAGUUAAGUGUGGGCUACAUAAACACAUCCUCCAUGCCUCACAAGAACUCCACAAGCAUAUAGUUGAAACUGUUUACAACUUCGAGAAGUUAUCUUCAGAAUCAACUUUUGGAUGGGAGUCAGACACAACUUUCCCUAAGGUACUUGGUGAUGUUAUAGAGUCUCUUGCAGGAGCCAUUCUUGUUGAUUCAAGAUACGAUAUGGAGGUGGUCUUUCGCAGUAUAAGGCCACUUUUGGAGCCUCUGGUUACACCUGAAACAGUGAAGCCCAAUCCUUCAAGGGAGUUGAAUGAGUUAUGCCAAAAAGAGCAUUACAUUAUGAAUAAACCCAUCAAGUCCCGCAACAAUGGUCUUACUUCAAUUACAAUAGAGGUCGAAGCUAAAGGACACCUACUCAAGGGUACUGCUAUAGACAGAGAUAAAAAGAUUGCAAAAAAAGUAGCUUGUAAAAAAGUUUUGGAGUCCAUGAAAAGAUUCGGUUUUACAUGGUAAAAGCUGAACGGACAGAUACAAGCUAAGGAAGUUUUGCACUUCAGAAGCAAUGGAUAUAUUACCAUCUGGAGUUAUUAAUGUUAGUGUUUUGAGGGUUACCUCUUAUCAAAGAUCUCAUCUGGUGUAAAGUGGUUUUGUAAUUUAUCUUCUUGCUUUUGUUUUGUUGGUACUUACAUGGGUGGCUGUGUUUCUAGGAGAUGCUGUAAUUGUAAUUGUAGAAGGGUUUGGAUAGUGAGUUUAGAUGAGAUGAGAUGAAAGUUGAAUAAAAUAUUGUUAGAAUAUUAUUCUUA